AGGCCUUGUACACUCCCCCAUGGAAACAAUAAAUAAAACAGUUAAUAUCCAAUUCUUCUUCCGUCCAUUCUCCCCUGACCCUGGGGUGCAGAUGGUGAUUUUUGUGGCCUUUUUAGUGAUGUACCUGAUCAGCCUCAGUGGAAACGCCACAAUCGCUGUGGUUGUCCAUACUAACCACUCGCUCCACACACCCAUGUAUUUUUUCCUAGCUAACUUGGCAGUUCUGGAAAUCUUCUACACAUCAGCCAUUGCACCUCUCGCCUUGGCAAACCUUCUCUCUAUGGGCAAAACUCCUGUUUCCAUUACUGGUUGUGGCACUCAGAUGUUUUUCUUUGUCUUCUUGGGUGGAGCUGACAAUGUCCUGCUUGCAGUCAUGGCGUACGACCGGUUUGUCGCAAUCUGCUACCCUCUGAGAUACACACUUAUUAUGAGCUGGUCCUUGUGUGUGGAGAUGGUGGUGGGGUCCCUGGUCCUGGGAUUCCUUCUGUCAAUGACACUAACUAUUUUAAUCUUCAAUCUCCCAUUCUGCCAUAACAAUGAGAUCUACCACUUCUACUGUGACAUGCCUGCAGUCAUGCGCCUGGCUUGUGCAGACACACAUGUUCACAGGACUGCCCUGUAUAUCAUCAGCUUCAUCGUCCUAAGCAUCCCCCUAUCUCUGAUCUCUGUCUCCUAUGUCUUCAUCAUCACAACCAUUUUACAGAUCCGGUCUGCUGAAGGGCGACAUCGAGCCUUCUCUACCUGCUCUUCCCACAUCAUAGUGGUCCUCCUGCAGUAUGGCUGCACCAGUUUUAUAUAUUUGUCUCCCAGUUCCAGUUACUCUCCUGAGAUGGGCCGAAUGGUGUCUGUGGUCUACACCUUUAUCACGCCCAUUUUAAACCCUUUGGUCUACAGUAUGAGGAACAAGGAACUGAAAGACGCUCUAAAGAAGGCCUUGAGAAAGUUCUAGGGAGGGUGAACUUGUGAU